GCGCAAACUACAGCAUCAUGACGGCAGCGUUGGCCUCGAAAAGUUCUUCCAAAAGCCUCCGCAGAAGUCCUCAGAAAUGGAAUCACCUGACAGUAUUAUGCGCCCAUCCUCUUCCAAUGUAACAGUUGAAGAUGACGAGGCCUUUGCGCUGGGCCUUGCUGCUGCAGAGGGUAUUAACCUCGAAACUUUGAGGACACUGGAACAGAAAUGGAAGACAAGCCAAACUACACCAUCAAUUAAGCAACCUUCUCGUGAAGUCAUCGACGUCGACGCUGCAGAUAAUGUUUCAAAGAUCACCACGGAGGUCGCAGACCGGGACGGCGUUAGGAAUUCGCCUCGUCAAGCAUCUCAUGGGGCAAAACCUGUAUCCAAUGCUAAUUUUUCGUCUGAGGUUCACGGAUUACCUCUUGAGACUGAGUCACUUCCGAAUCUGGCGGAAGAUCCACUGUGUCUUUCUGUCAUGCAGAAUCCCUGGGCAGACAAGCCAACCUCUGCGCCGGAACCAGCUCCUUAUUCGUUCCUAGCACACACACUAUGCUCUCUUUCUGGCACAAGAUCUCGCAUUUCCAUCUAUAACAUCCUCACGAACGCAUUGAGAUUCAUUAUCUACCACGAUCCAUCUGCGCUACUUCCCGCGCUUUACCUUCUUUCUAAUUCGCUAGCACCGCCAUACACUUCUAUUGAACUCGGUCUCGGACCGUCAACUAUUUCGAGUGCGAUCCAGCAUGUUUCGGGCCUUACCCCUGCAGCUUUGAAACGGUUGUAUACAAAGUCCGGGGAUGCGGGGGAUGUAGCAUUCGAGGCAAAGUCGAAACUGAGGACUCUCAUACCUCACGCCUCGCUUACUGUGACGGGCGUCUACAGUUCCUUGCUAAAAAUUUGUUAUGCAAAAGGAGCGGGAGCGACAAAACAAAGGCAGUCUAUUGCGGAAAAACUCCUUCUAUCGGCUAAAGGCGAAGAAAUACGCUACCUUGUCCGCACGAUGUCACAACAUAUCAGGGUUGGUGCCGUUAGGACUUCAAUCCUCACCGCCCUAGCCCGUGCUUUGGUCCUCACCCGACCGGCUAACUGCCAGAAGUUUCCUCCUGAUGAUUCACCAUAUUUCGUGUCACCUCAGUCUCUUGCACUUAUCAAAGCCGCUUCUGGAGAAGCUAAGAAGAAAGCCAAAGAAGAUCCGUUGAGGGAGAAGAUUAUGGUUAAGUUCAGUGCUGCCGAAGGCUUGGUGAAGCGUGUUUAUGUGCAGCAUCCAAACUUUGACCAUAUUGCCAAAGCCCUUUUGGAAGGUGGCCCCGAAGAGCUAGCCGAGAAAGUAACCUUGACAGUCGGAUUACCGCUGCACCAUACAUUGGGUUCUCCGACCCGCUCUCUGGAUGAGGUAUACGAUCGUCUCGGCAAUCUGCCGUUCACUGCAGAAUUCAAAUACGACGGACAAAGAGCGCAGAUCCACGCACGGAAAAACGAAGAUGGCGAUCUUUUCGUCCGGAUAUUCUCCCGACAUUUGGAGGAAAUGACCGAUAAGUACCCGGACAUAGUCGCUCUUGUAGAAGAAAUGUUUAGAUCAUCCAGCCUGUUGAGAUCUUUCAUCAUUGACACGGAAAUAGUCGCAAUUGAUGCCGUAGAUGGUUCGUUAAGGACUUUCCAGGAACUCUCUAAUCGUGCUCGGAAGGACGUUCGGCUCGAAGAUGUGAAGAUAAAAGUCUGCGUAUAUGCAUUCGAUCUCAUGUUCCUCAAUGAAGAGAGUCUACUUGAGCAGCCCUUCCGUUUACGUCGGCAGAAGCUUAGGUCUUACUUUCCGCCUAUUCAUCCUAGCUCCCCUUUUAUUUCUAAAUUUGACCAUGUCGAAUGCUGCGAAAGCGAGGAAGGACGGGAGGCAGUGGAAGAAUUCUGGCAGAAGGCGGUGGAUGGUCGUUCAGAGGGACUGAUGAUCAAGCUUCUUGAUAGCCGAGAAGUCGAUGAAGAUCCCAAUGGUGCGAAGACGAAGCAACGAAAGAAGCCUCUUCCAGCUACGUAUGAACCAGACAAGCGGACACUGGCGUGGCUCAAAUUGAAAAAGGACUAUGUCCUCGGGCUGGGCGAUAGUCUCGACUUGGUUCCGAUAGGUGCGUGGCAUGGGAAUGGGCGAAAAGCUGCAUGGUGGAGUCCGAUCCUCCUCGCUGUUUGGGACGAAGGAUCAGGGCAACUUGUGGGAGUUUGCAAAUGCAUGUCAGGAUUCACGGAUGAAUUCUAUAAGUCUCUGCAAGAGCGCUAUGCAGAAGGUUCUGAAGCCUGUUCUCGCACGUCACUUUGGAAUGUCAACUCGGGAGGCUAUUCACCAGAAGUGUAUUUCAAACCUCAAGAAGUCUGGGAAAUACGAGGAGCAGAUAUCACUUUAAGUCCAGUGUCGGUGGCAGCUCUUGGUCUUGUGUCCCAAGAUAGGGGACUGAGCUUACGCUUCCCUCGAUUUAUGCGUGUCAGGGACGACAAGGCCAUAACGGAUGCCAAUACCCCAGAGUUCUUGGCUUCGAUGUGGCACAAGCAAGAAAGUCGAGGGAGGGAUACUGGUGGGAUGGACGACGGUGACCUCAUUGAUGCGUCGCCCGAAGUGAGCGAGGGAGAAGAGGACGACGACGACGAAGACGGAUGAGAUUAAUUGAACAAUUGAACAAGAGUGAUAUUGGCUCCG